GCGAAGAAACAGCCGACGCGGAGUAGAUUUUUUUGUUUUUCAAACUAUGGACACACCAAUCGACGGAGUAGAUUUCGAGUACAUCGCCGGAAAACGGUCGACUUCGAAGCUGCUCUGGCUACCGGACGAGAAGCAGUUCUACAAGAAGCACACGGAAUAUAAAUCCUCCAUUUCAUACCGGUGCUAUCAAAUGGGUUGCCGGGCACGGGCAACCGUCGUGAUGGAAGCGAUUUGCGUUCGCAACAGUGAGCCUCAUUUGCACGGGGAUGCGUCGGUUCUACACGCGGAGCUGACGGCUAGGAACGAGCUGAGAGCUCGGGUGGCGGAAGAUGACAUCACGGAACUGCGUUCGCUGUACAACGGCGUCAUGGCUAGUCACCGAAACAUAUCUUUGAAGUAUGGAGCGAUACGACGAUCUCUGCAGCGGAAGCGUGCGUCUGCAGCGUUGAGUCAGCCAAUUGAUCCACUACUUUUGGAUUGCGAAAGGGAUAGUGCCGAAGCGGGUUGCAGCAGUUCUAAAGUAAGGCAAUUGAGUCCAUCUUCAUCCAUUAUUGAUCUCACCGAUGAAUGAAACUAUAUGUCAUUAUUAUAUGAUAACGAACUGUCAAAUAUUCAUGAAAAAGCAGGCUAGUGAUAAGUUAUAAAUGUUGUACAAAGUUAGUGUAGUUUUGU